UCUCAACAUCUAAUUUUCUUGUUCUCUUCUUCUGAUAAUCUUCACAAAUUUUCUGCAAUCUCUUCCCCUACUUUUAUCCAGAGAUGUCCCCUGCAGAGACAAACGGUCCCACGAGGGCCUUUGUGACCUUCUUGGCUGGAAAUGGAGACUAUUGGAAAGGUGUGGUUGGCCUUGCCAAGGGCCUAAGGAAGGCCAAAUCUGCAUAUCCUCUUGUGGUGGCUGUCCUGCCUGAUGUUCCUGAGGACCACCUUCAGAUUCUUCACUCUCAAGGAUGCAUUGUUCAUGCAAUUGACCCUGUCUACCCUCCUGAAAACCAAACCCAAUUUGCCAUGGCUUAUUAUGUCAUCAAUUACUCCAAGCUUCGUAUUUGGGAGUUUGUGGAGUAUGAGAAGAUGAUAUACUUGGAUGGAGACAUUCAAGUGUUUGAAAACAUUGAUCACCUUUUCGACAUGCCCGAGGGCAAUUUUUAUGCUGUGAUGGAUUGCUUUUGUGAGAAGACAUGGAGUGAAUCUCCUCAGUACAAGAUUGGGUACUGCCAGCAGUGCCCGGAGAAGGUGCAGUGGCCAGCCGAGUUGGGCUCACCACCACCACUUUACUUCAAUGCCGGCAUGUUUGUCUUUGAGCCUUGUGUUCUAACUUACCAUGAUCUGCUAGAGACCCUCCAAGUCACCCCUCCUUCCUUGUUCGCCGAGCAGGACUUUCUGAACAUGUUCUUCAAGGACAUAUACAGUCCUAUCCCACCUAUAUACAAUCUUGUUUUGGCUAUGUUGUGGCGCCACCCUGAGAAUGUCGACCUUGACAAAGUGAAGGUUGUUCACUAUUGUGCUGCGGGAUCAAAGCCAUGGAGGUACACAGGAAAGGAACAGCAUAUGGAGAGAGAGGACAUCAAGAUGCUGGUGAAGAAAUGGUGGGACAUUUAUGAUGACGCUUCACUGGAUUACAAGAAUGAUGAUGAUGUGGAUGAUCGUGUGGUGAAGGAUGACGAGCAAGUAAAGCUUGCACCCUUUAUUUCCAGAUUAUCUGGGACUGACGUUGAUGAGCAAAUAAGUGCACCUUCUGCAGCUUGAUCAACUAGUCCCGGGGUAACGUGACGCCGAUUUGGCUUUGAGAGCCAGACUUCUAUGUAUUAACUAUUUUAGCUAUACUAGCUACACCAGCUUGUGUGUGUAGGAAACUACACUUUCUAUUAUAUAUACUCCAUAAGUCUAUAUGGGGUUGUGUUUGUAACGUGAACCGAGUUUGCGAAUAAAACGAUGCUAUUAUGUA